UCAAGAAGUAGCCCUUGAUGGCGUUUUUGCCCCUCCACCUAAAUUUACGAGUUUGCCUCGCGAUCUUCAUCCUGAAAUGAAGACUGUGGAAAAUGGAGCUGAAUAUUCUGAACAUCCAAAGGACCUCUUCCAGACCCUUGCUUCAAACGGUUUCCAGACACCAACAUUGGCCCAAAACGUAUCUGCCAAUGGCCAUUUUAAUGACUUAAGCUGGAACUCCCCAGAUUUAUUUAAGCCAAUCCCCACUCAAACACAGAACCUCUCAAAAACCUUGCAUUUAAAAAGCUCUGACCUGUUUAAAGAUGUCAAUCUUUUCCAGUCUGCUAAAGGAGAGAGGUUAUUUCACACUGAAUGCACUACGGAGUCCAGUAAUUUUGUAGACCCAUUCAAAUCGCCAAACAUGGAGGAUAAUCUGUUCCGGUCUCCACGGCCAAUGAUAGCGGACCCAUUCUGUUCUGCCACGACCAAAGAAUCAGAAUUGUUUCAAACAGUUCCGACUAAAAGUGGAGAACUCUUCCACAACAGGGGAAACAAACAAGAUCCCUCAGCCAAAGAGGAUAUUUUUGGCAUGUCUUUGUGGAAGGAAAAUCUGGAUAUAUUUUCAUGUUCAUCUACAGAUUCAGUCGACCCAUUCCCAAGCCCAAUUGCAAGAGAUUUAUUCCAGGACCUUUCCAGCUUGGAUGACCCGUUCAGUACUACUCCCUCAAGACAGUCUGACCCUGUCCUUUCUGGGACUUCAGACAGCUUCCUUCCGUUUCCCUCAGACACUAAUGGCAGGGAUAUAUUUGGGAUAACCAACAACAAUACAGCCUUUAAGCCCUCAGACUGUACACCUUCACUCAACAGCCUAUCAAAAUUUAAGUUGGACACAUUUUCGUCACCAGAUCCCGUCAAGGCAACACCAUCAGAAUCUCAUGCAGCCGUCCAACCAAAGUCUUUGGACAGGCCAAAUGAUAUUUUCUUGACGACUCCUGAGGGAACCAAGUCUAUUAUACAGCCGAGUCCCUUCAGUCGGGCAAGGAAUAUGGCCAUUUCAACCAGACAAUCUCCAGCUGACAUGACUCAUGUGCCAACCCUCAAACGUCCACCAAAGCCACUGCCUCGAACUAGACCACCAAAACCAGAAAGGCCACCUCCACCCACACCCUCAAACCCUGUUGAACCGGAAGCAACUGCACCAACAACUGCUCCCAAACCAGCCUUCAGACCACUCCCAAAACCAGUUAUUCAACACCAAACAAAAACUCUGGAAAGUAAACCAAUUAAAUCUGAAAACUGUCCCGUCUUUGAGGACAUCUUGCUUAUUGGACAGGAAAGAUGUGUUGAAGACUGGCCUACAGACAGCCCUGAACUUAACCCUGACUUCAAACCAUCUGGAACAUUAAGACUCAGACGAGAAUCGAUGAAAAUAACGGCAGACUUUGAUGGAGGAAGUGGCGAGUAUCAGGAUGUCUCUGGGAGUCACGGCAAGAAAAAGGAUAGAAAGUUCAGAUUGUCCAGGCUUUCCAGAAGAGGGUCAAAUAAGUUUCAUGAUGACACAAAGGAUGAGAGGAGUAAGACACUACCAACCUGUCGUAAAUCAUCCAAGGAGGAUUUUUCAGACCUACACAUGUCUGAACAAGAGACUGAAGAUGAGGUGCAGAAUGGGAUGGACUAUAAGAAGAAACAUUUGAAGACCAAAGUCAAUCAGUUGCUAAGAAGAGCAUCCCUUGCUUCUUCCGUGCCGGAGGAAAAGCACAUGCACAGACAUUUACCCCGGGAAUCAAAGGAUGCUGACAUUGCUGACAGAAAAGUCAGCAAAAAAAAACCCAUAAUACGCCGAUGGUCAGAGGGGACAGUUUUGAGUGAGGGUACUGGCGAGGAGGGAGGAUUGGAAGCCCAGCAGGGGGAGAUGGAUCGCAGUGGAUUUAAGGAAAAAAAGAGGGUGAAAAUCAGGUUUGUGCCACACAGAGGAUACGUCAUCGCUGUAGAAAAGGGAGCACAGAGAUACACACCUCGCAAAAGCUCAAAGGAGAAAUCCCAAGAAGACGUUUUGGGUGCACAAGGCUACACACCUCAGAAGAAGUCCCAGGAUGAUGAUUUAGUGGAUGUAGAGGGGAGAGGCCACAGUCUCUAUUCAUCUUGCAAGGCUGCUUUCACGGACGAGGAGCACUUUCAGAAAACACACCGCAGGUCUGCUGAAUUGAGUGGGGAUGAAGAUCCAUAUGCGAUGGGAGACUGCCAUUCUGUAACUUUCAAUACUCAUUUAAUACUCUGUUUUAAUUGACUGUUUUGUCACCUGUUUUUACUUAA